AUGUCAGCUCCAGGAUCUGGAUUAAGGUUUGCUCGAGGUGAAAGCAGCUAUAGACAAGCAGAAGGAGCCCAUUGGCUGCAGGAUGCUCACAAGCGUUUAGACACUCAGCUGGACCGGCUGAGGAUGAGAAAUUCACCGCUGAGCCACAACAUAACUGCUGCACAACUGCUUGACAUGAAACAUAAGCAGCUGUCAGAAACACUGGCCACUUUGGAGCAGGAGAAAGAGGCAGCUGAAUUAAUACAGUUUGGAAAGAGUCACCAACGCAGAGCGCUUCAAGAAAAGGUGCUACAGCUGGAGAAAGAGUUGUUGCAUCUGAGAUCAACUUUGGACAGAAGGAGCCAUGAUCAGCCAACGGAGAGAAAUCUUGACUCGCUUAGCGGAACAUUACCGAAGAGUCAAGACAACUUUAACAGACAGGUUACGCAGAAUGUUGACUUAGAGCUGUGCAAGCUGACAGAUGCUCUAAGAGAUGCUGAGGCGAGGGCAAAGACAAAAGAAGAUGAACUCAACCAGGCGCUCAAGAAACUCCAGAUUUCUACAGAGACACAGCAGACUCUGUUGAAUCAAAUAGAGGAAACAAAUCAAAGGAGACAGAAUCUCUCUACAUUGCAAGAAGAGCUGAGUGAGGCUAACAACAAGAUUAGCCAAGCAUGCCUGGAAAAAGCCAUCUUGUCAACUCAAAUACUAAAACUGGAAGAAAAUAUAAAAGAGCUGAAGGCCAAACUGACAGGGGCUCUGUUUGACAAAGAUCACCUGAUCCAGGAGAGGACCCAACAAGGUCCAGAGGGUUGCGAAUCCCAAAGCAAUAAACACGAUCAGGAAACUGUUCAAAUGAAGGAAGAUUUAAAGUCGCUAAAAGAGGUAAAUGAAAAGCUGACAGGGGAGCUUGAAAAGAUUAAGCAGAAACUGAAAACAUCACAGUCUCAGCUACAGGAAGAAAUCUUGGAGAGGCUAACCAUCUCUAAAAGGAUCACAGAUCUGGAGGCAGACUGCGCUCAGCUGACCACAGAAAGAGAGGAACUGCUGAGUAAAGUUAGUGAAAGUGGACAUGAAGAGAUAACAGCGCUGAAAGAAAAGUGCCACCUGCUCAGGUGA